AUGUCUUGCCAACUCUGUGAAAUUUGGAACUCUUCAGACUACACCGACUGCCAGUGGGCCGACCCUUCCCGCGAGGAAGAAGGCCAGACCAAGAUGCGCGCCCAAAUUCUAAACAUGAUCAAAGAGGUCAACUCCUACCUCAAGUGCUGUAGAAAAAUGGAGGAGUUAUACUGUACAUUUGGUGUCGUCUACCACAAGACUCGGCAGGAUGUCCGCAACGACGAGCAACUCAAGCGGUACCACGAAGUCAACGAGGGCGAUGGUUUCACCGAUCUGGAUCCAGCUAUCCAAGAUCUCACAAAGCUCCUCAUCACUUUGACACAUAUCUCCCCACGCGUUUCAGCCCACGAAUUGUACCACAUAAUGGAUAAUGAGUUGGUCCCCGCUUUCAGGGCAGCAUAUCUCAAGUGUAAGGAUUGCCAAACAACCAUCAAGCAGCUAGUUUCGAAGAGCUGCCAGAUGUACCAGGAUCAGUUACGCACUUACCACGAUUGGUUUGAUCGCAAGUUUGAUGAGGACACGCAGGAAUUUACCCUGGACUUUGUUGCCCCUGAGUGGGCCAUCUUUAGGAAGUGA